ACUGAAGGGAAGCCAGAGGGCGGGGCUUCCAGAAAUCAUUUAUAACCUGCCACUUGCAGAGCUCACACACACAACCAGACACAAUUUGGAAAAGCUUCCCAGCAGAAGGCACAACAAUGGAAACGCUACCGGUCCCAUAUACAAAACAUAUGUCCUUGCCUGUUGGUUCUUUCUUGAAAAUCAAAGGCACACCUACCAUGUCUUUCAGCAAGAACCCUCAACUGCAGGUGGAUUUCCACACUGAACAUAAAGAUGACUCAGACAUCGCCUUCCAUUUCCGAGUGUACUUUAACAGCUGUGUGGUGAUGAACAGCCGUCAGUGUGGGAACUGGAAAGAAGAGGUGAAAACAUCUGUUAUGCCCUUUAAGGAUGGCCAACCCUUUGAACUGGGCAUCUUGGUGCUGCCAAAGGAGUACCAGAUAAUAGUAAAUGGCUGCCAAAAUUAUACUUUUCCCCAUCGAAUUGACCCAAAAUUUGUGAAGAUGGUCCAGGUAUGGAGAGAUGUCACCCUGACCUCAGUGAUUAUCGCUUAGAGAAGGAUGUGACCAGACUCCCCGUUGUCAAGGAGAUCCCUCCUCCUAAGUGACGCUGUGGUUCCCAGAGCUCACCAACAACAUGGGUUCUCACCCUUCCCCCACACUUGCUCAUUAAAACUCCUGAAAACAGAACAAGAUUUGCUUCUUGCUUUAGAGGGAAAAAGAGGGAGAAAAAAAAAAGAGUAUGUGGUUAUCAGCAAGAGGGGUGUGAGAAUAUUGUGGGAGAGAACAGGGUAUCAGAGUGGAUAAACAUUUCUCUGAUACUAGGAGUGAGUGACAAGCUCAUCAAAUAUCUGAGAAGACAUUGGAACCAUAUUCUUAUGAUGUAGUGCUUAGGAUAUGUUAGAAACUCUGAAGCAAAAUCCUUCCCCAAAUUCAGAUAGCUAAACUAAGACUUUAGGCAUCUCUCUAGUGCUAUAAUUGGUGAUUUGAUGAAGAAACUUUAUAUUUUGAAGAUAAUUAGGUGAAAAGUCUUAAUUCUUCCUUUACGCUAAGAAUUUUUAAUUUCUAUUGACACUGUGCCUGGUUUUGUGUAAGAUGCACUGGGGAAAAUAAAGAAAAUGACAAGGCCAGCACUUAAAAUUUCUUUUAACCAUCACCUGAGGAUAUAUUUUUAUCGAUUUUGACAGAGAGAGAGAGAGAGAGAGAGAGAGAGAGAGAGAAACAUCAAUUGGUUGCCUCCCAUAUGUGCCCUGACUGGGAGCUGAGCCUGCAGACGUUUGGUGUACAGGUUGAUGUUCCAAACAACUGAGCCCCCCAGACACGGUGCACUAAAAAAAUUAUAAUCCAAGGACUAUUUGAAGAACCAAAAAAUUUUUCCCAAAGACUUUUCUAUUAUUCAAACAAUUGUAAGAUUUUUCCAAUUUAUGUGGGCAGAAGCCUGGGGCAUGUUUGGUAAUAAAUUGUCACCAUUUUAGACCAGGGGGG